AUGGUUUCAUAUAAGAAAAAGAUCCUUUUACAAGCGAUUCUCGUUUGUUUCUUUACUUUCAUUUCAACAACAAUUUGGGCUAUACUGGGCUUUCUCCCAAACAAUUCUUGGAUGCCAAUUUUGAUGCAUAUCGGGGAUUUCUCGUGGUUUAUGAUGCACAGUAUGCCAGCCGUAAUCUACUUGACUUUCAAUGAAACAAUUCGCUCGAAAGUGGUGCUCAUCUUCGGGCUAGCAAAGAAGAAGUUCAAAGUUUAUUCUGCAGAAAAUUUUCUGACU